AUGCAAGCCCUGCGGCUCGUAGAGGACAAAAUUGAGCAGGCUAGCAACUACAAAGAGUUAUGUUUUACCAAUAACCUUGAGUACGGCACGUUACAGGAGGAGGCGCCAAUAUGUGCUCCAGUAUCUUCCCUAACACAAUACUACUUCCCGCGCCGUGAUACAGCGGGGAAGUGGCACAUGGAUGGAGCUGGCCCAGUUGUGCAGACAAACCCACUGCCGCUUCUCUUUUCCAACUCCAACUACCGCUGGUUCACAGAUCAUGGUGUGUCGUCUAACAAUCCACAUGCUGCGUACUUGCGCUCGCAGUUUACGCUUGCAUCGUCACCAGAUAAGAGUGACAAAAUGGAAAGCAUCAAAUACCGCAUGUCAUACAUUCGGUUUGUUGCAACCGCCUUUAGAGCCAUAUUUAAUGUAUCACACCCGUAUUUGGUAUUUACAAUAAGUGGGCCUUCAGUGGAAGACACACGUACAAUAAACGAGAUGCAAUAUGAAUCGUUGAAGAUACCCAUCGCGAUGGCCAUCUGCUUCGUCUGCACCUGGGUACACACCGGGUCCUUCGUGAUAGGAGUCUACACAGCGGNUUGA